AAUAUUCACACAUUGAAUAAAAUCAGACAUGUACAACCGGCUUGUUCAGUGUCACAUUAGAUAAUACAGUGAGCCUGUAUGCUGAAAUACAGUCUUAUAUCCAAAUAAAUAGGCUUACAAUAAAAGAGCUGUGUCCUCCAGAGCAUAGAAAAUGAUGGAUACAACACAUUGAGGAUACAAACAGGGAGUGGUGGAUACACUUGGGUUGAUUUGUACUCACAGUUGUGUUUAUACUCACUGCCUCCAGGCAUCAUUAAUGCGGCUUUCAAACCGUCACCAGCUCGCUCCUCCUGCCCCCCAGCUAAAAAAACACAAGACCGUCUUGCAACAGAAGCUGUUUGUCACCCUGCAGCCUAAAUAUUACGCAUUUUGACCGCCGACCGACGCACAGCUGAUGUUGCACAAGUGUGGUUAUUCCAGCAGGGCAUCAUAUAGAGCCUGUGAGUAUUCAUCACACUGUGACAUCAGUCUGAAACAGGAUCUGUUUGACAGCUGCUGCGACAAAUGCACAAUGAGGACAGGCGUGCGUCCGGCUGCAGCUCCGGCUGUGCUUUGGUGCUGACGGGCUACAUGCGCCUGCUUUUACCAACAGUACAGUCUGAGCGCUGAUGGGGACGGUUGUUUCUGAGCAGAUAACGGAGGCUUGAUUAUUUCUGACGAACACUCGCCUUUUUGUUGCUGUUUUUUCUUCCACUACAAACCGCAGGGAGGACAGGGCUUCUCUUGUGCUGCUGCUGCUGCUGCCUGAGGCUUGGUGUCUCAGUGAGGGGAUGCGGGGUCUUUAACCUGCUGUAGGAUCAGGUCUGGACACGCACGGAGGCAAACGCCCAUCAUAUUUGUGCCUAUGUGCUGUUGUAAUAUACGACGUAAACAUCACAGGCACCAGCCAGGCUUUAAGGGGAACAGGACUGGUCUUUAACGCUUUGCAGGCAGCUGCCAGUAUAAUUUGCAUACGGGUUUGUUUGGGGAAAACAGCUUCAACCGCCGGCGCAGUCACUCCUCCGCCUAAGAAUCCAUUGGAUUUGUCUGCAUGGAUGUUCGUAUGUACAGCCUAUAUAUAUAUAUAUUUAUUUUUUGCUACAAGGUUAAAUUGUUGCUUAUUCAUCCCUGGAUAAAGGACCAGACCGUGGCUACUUGGCGCACUGAAUAGGUGCGUUUAAGCUCAGGUUUUCUGUUGCUGUUGGGCAGACAGACAAUAAUUCCAAUUUGUGAGCUGUGCCAUAGUGCUGUCAAUAUUCACACAAAUAUAAUUAAGCAAAUAAUAUCUUUAAACACGUGAUAUUAUUUACUUUACGGUCUAAAGUGCCACCUGCGCCAUUUGGUACAUUUUUCUCGAUGCACUUUACAUUUAAAUGGUCUUUAAAUUCGACAAUAUUUGAAUCCAGCUUUUAAUUUUUGAGUACAAUCGGUCAAAUGUGAGCAGAAUUAUUAUUAUAAUUACCUUUUAAGCAGGAUAAACUUCUCUUUUUUUCUCCUGGAGCCUUUAAAGAGCUCGUUUUGCCUUUGGAAACACCUGCGCACUUUUGGAGAGGUCCAUUUGGAUCCAUAGCGCUCUCUUUGCCUGGCUGGAUUCUACGCACAUGUAAAUAUUUCCCUUCCAGUUUUUUUGGUCCAGUCCACAAGAAAAGGGUCUCUUUGACUCAGAAAUACCACCAAUGGGCUAUUUGUAGCCUCCCAGAGAUGCUCCAGGGCUUGGCAAACGCACAAAAGGCAGCAAAAAGCGCCUCAGAGUUCAGCUGCGCACUGACUGACAAUUGUUCUUCAGUAUCAACUGUAUGACUGCUGAAUGGACCAGAAUAAGUUCAAACCAUAGGGGUGGGACAUGGUGUAUGUGAGGAGUGGGCUUUACUGUUUAAUGCCAUUGAUAUGCCAUUUUAAAAUGGUAAUUUGGAGCUUUAAUAUAUUUGGGGCCAAAAGGGCCAUUUUGGUGUUUUGGGGGCCUUCUGGGCUCUUUAAAAUUACUUUAGACCAAUUUGAUCACCCCUACAUAUUCAACAUACAUGGAAGUGUCCUUUUUUGCAGGGAUUGCUGGGAAGAAGAAGGAGGCUGUCGAGGUUGGGACUUUGGAGAGGGAGGUUUAGUCACAGCCACUCUCAAAAGGAAUCAUCCUGAUCAGGACCAGAGUCCCUGUUCUCACUGUUACAACUCCAGUAUAAGGUUCCUGUGUGAGCCUGAGGAGGAGACAUUUGAUACGUCCACAUCUGCACACAGUGACCUCAACAUCUGCACCACCUGGACAUCAUGAUGGACGAGGAGAUCAUCGAGGACCGUGCCAAGCUGAAGCAGGGCCUGGUCAAAGUGCUCCAGUGUGUGUCCACCAUCUCUUCAGCAGCAGCCGUAGUCAACCCCAUUUUUGGCGUGGCCGGUUCCUUGAUCCGGGUGGUGCUGCACCACAUCGAUGACGAGGACAUCCGCACCCUGAAGCGCGAGUUCGGCUCGGUCCACCGCGCGCUGGACGAGCUCUCUCAGAUGAAUCGCAACACGCUGGUGCAGAUCAAGAAAGAAACGCUGGACGGCCAGUACUGUCGCGUGGAGGAGAACCUGAAGAACCAGUUCAGAAAGUUCAUGGAGAUGGUGGAGGCGCGGCCAGAGCACCGCGAGCGCAAGAAGGAGGACUUCGAGGAGAGCUACUCCAAUGACUUGGGAGACCAGAACCUGCACACACUCUACGACGGCGUGGUGGGCACACCGAAGCUCUUCAGCAGACCCAUCCUGGAGGUUUACGUGAAGCACUCGCAGGGCGACCGCCGCACCAUGGAGCGACUCUGCACACGCCUCACCUACCUGUUCUGCAUCGGCCUCAUCGCCCUCAUGGGCUACGCCGCCGUCAUCGGAGACGACGAGGAGAGUCUGAGUGAGGAGUGGGCCGAGAAGAUGGAGAACGUCCAAGAGAAGAUGCAGGAGGCUCUUCGCAGGUGCAAAUGAAGAAUAAGCCUGAAGAGGAGCUUUUGUUUUCUCAGCUGCUUAUCCUUCAUAGUCCACAUUCCCUCUGUAACUCUCCUCUUUGCCUUUUCUCUCCCUAUAAGCACUUUGUAAACAUCUACUGCUUGAAACCCCUGUGACAAUGAGCGACAAUAUGUCUCAUUCUUUUCAAAACACUAUUGGUCCAAACUUCAGUCUUUGAGUUAUAGACAUGUUCAGUAUGUUCUGUCCAGGCUGAAGUGAAGACAACUAAAUUAUCACACAAUAUUUAGCCUCGGCUUCACACCACAAUUGGCUCAAAUUCACAGGAAAAUUCUUCAAAUCGGGAGGAAACUGCAGGAGUUUCAACUGAUACUGAACACUUUGAGAUAAAUCAGCCGUGGGAUCGUUACAAUUAUCACAAAUCUACUCUGAAAGCCAAAUUUUGGGUGAUACCGCAUGCUAUAUAUAACACAAAACACCACUCACAUCUAUAAAUCUGGCUUUAAGAUUCAGUGUGUGAUGUUGCAAUGUGUCCCACCCAUUAGCACUUGAAGCACUUGAGAUUAAAUGUAUUACACUACAAGUAAAUCAGUUGGAUGGAACAGGAAACACGGCUGAAUAAAACCUCAACAUUAGAGGUAGCUGUACACAUGCUCCUGUCAUACCAGUCUAACUCCACUAGAGGGCCUCAUGUGACUUCAUUACAAUCACACAGGACUAUAUGUUAUUUCUUACGUUGUUCUAUUUACAUAAUAACUGCUAUAAGACAGACGUUGCUUGCCAAACAGAGAGAGUUAUGCUUUAAGUAUAUUCUAUAUUAUAAAAAAGCAAAAACAAAGAAUCCCAAAGAGCUAUGAAUGUAACAGACAUAAAACCAUAUAGUUGCAAUCAUAUACUACUCAUGAUCAUACUGCCAUGUGCACACAGUGCAGAUUAACAGAAUAUAUGCCACAGAUAUUGUACGUUCCUCAUGCAUGGAGUCCAUGAUACACUACUUGUUGCUGUCGAGCACUACAUUUAAUGUCGUUUUACACUAAUUUCUGAGGCUGCUGUAUCGAGGUCUUUAUUUUUCUUUUGCAUUAUGAGAAUCAAAAACACUGACAGUCCAAACAUAAUCUGAUUUGUUGUAACACUACAUGUGGCAAGACACUUCACCACCGGAGGAUACACUAAAUAUAAGUUGGACAAAUUUAAAAAUUGCGAUAUGUGCUUCCAUUUCAACACUGUUUAUAUGUUUCUACACAAGUUGACUUUCUUAAUGUGGUGUCAGACGAAGCCAUAAUGUCACUGGAUGAAUCUUUCCACUCUUGACUUGUGCAAUUCUGCCACUCUUUUAUUUUCUAUUGCAUGUGCAGGAGGUGCUCCAAGUAUGUUUGUAAUAUAUAGGUAAAACUAUCAGUGGGUUUUUUGGUGUACGGCCAUUUAGAGCCUGUAAAACAUUUAAUAUCCAUUGUUUGAGGAUUUUUUUUUAUUUUACAGUUAAGCCUCAGCAUCAAAAUAGACGUUUUGUCUCUUCUCAGAUUCUCCCUCAUCUGACCAACAGUGCCUAAAUGUGCCAAUAGUUUUGUAUUAUUUUUUCUUUUAAGGGUUUUUGUCUUAAUCAUUCAAGUAUAUUUUGUGUAAGGCAUUAUGUUUUGAACGGUUCAUACGCUACAGUUUAGAUUUUAAAUGUGUGGUUAAGAUAUUGUUUGUAAAUGUUUAUCUCCUUUUUUUGUUUGUUUGUUUGUUAAAGCAAACUGUUGGUGUCAAUAGUGUCAGGUGGGUUUGGAUCGCUGCAUCAGCAAAGUCAAAAAUAGAUUAAACAUCACUAAACAAUAUCUGAUUGUCAUUAAUAGAUUUCCAAUUUAUCAGUUUUUAUAUUUUUGUCAUAUUUCACACAGGUCUAGCCGGUUUUACUCUCAUCUUUUCAACACAUAGUUCUGUCCUGAACUGGUUUAUUGUUCUGUGGCACUGUGCCAUAUCUCCUAUUGUUACAACAGAUUCAGUACAGGCGACAUAAAUAAUGUUAAAAUGCUGUUGAUGUGGAGGAAUAUUAUAUGAACCUCCUAAAGGCUUUCUUGAAAUGCCAUAUAUGUGAAUACGUUGCCUUUUUUGUUAUGAAUCUUUGAUGUCUGGUUGUAUAUGUGCCACUAUAAAUAAACAUGAGUGAAUAACACUGA